AUGGAGGGAGCUCAUGAGAAGACGUCCGUUGCCAUCGUUGGCAUGGCGUGCAGAGUGGCGGGAGCUGACUCAACGGCUCGCCUUUGGGAGAACCUCGUCUUGUCAAAAGACGUGCAGAAGGAGAACCCCAGGUUUUCUGGCUUCUACAGCCCUGAAGGGGGGCCCAAGAAAGGUCUCACCAAUGUCAACCAGGGAUACUUCAUUGAUAAUGAUGUGGACAAAUUCGACAACGCGUUCUUCGCCAUCCCACCGGUGGAAGCUGGCUCGAUGGACCCCCAGCAGCGUAUGCUGUUGGAAGUCACCUACGAAGCGGUUGAGAAUGCCGGCAUACCGAUUGAAAGAUUCAUGGGUACUAACACGGCGGUUUACACAGGAAUGACGUGGUCCGACUAUAAUACUAGUCUUUCCCGUGACCUGGACAUGACACCAAAAUACAUGUCAACGGGAGGGUGCAAUGCUAUUGCAGCCAAUCGUGUUAGUUACUUCUUUGAUCUCCAUGGACCCAGUGUUGUGCUAGACACAGCCUGUUCGUCAACCAUGGUCGGCUUCCACCAAGCAGUUCAAGAUCUGCAGAGCGGCCAGGCCGAUAUGGCAGUCGUCAACGGCUCGAACCUCCUUCUAAACCCGGACGUCUUUGUCCAUAUGUCCGAGCUCGGAUUCUUGAGCCCCUCCGGAAGAUGCAGGUCUUUUGAUGCCGGAGGCGACGGCUACGUACGAGCUGAGGGUGUUAUCGCAAUGCUACUCAAGCCCCUAGACAAGGCCAUGGCCGACGGCGACGCCAUCAGAGCCGUAAUACGCGGCACUCGUAUCAACCAGGAUGGAAGGACGCAAGGCAUCACACAACCAAGUUCUGAUGCCCAGCGAGCAAACAUGGAAGCGCUUUAUCUGCGGGAGAACAUUGACCCCAAAGAAGUGCAGUACUUCGAGGCCCACGGCACUGGGACGGCCGUUGGCGAUCCUUUGGAGCUGUCGGCAAUUGACGCCGUAUACCGGGAUUCUCACCUUGAACAAAAGCUGAUGGUGGGCUCCGUGAAGAGCAACAUUGGCCAUCUCGAGGCCGUCGCAGCACUGGCCGGGAUCGCAAAGACAGUGGAAAGUUUAGAAAGGGGCCUGAUUCCGCCGCAAAUGCACUUUGUCACGCCGAAUCCCAAGAUCGACUUUACGGCCAUCGAGAUCCCUCGAUCUCUUACUUCUUGGCCUCUUUCGCCCGACAAUACCCGCCGUGCCGCGGUCAACAGCUUCGGGUUUGGCGGGACGAACGGACAUGCGGUGCUUGAGUACACCCCAAGGAAGGUCACUGAUACCAACACGUAUUACGCCCGCCCGUAUUUGUUCAAGGUUUCAGCUUCCUCGCAGAGCAGCCUCAAGAAAAUGACCGAAGAAUAUGCCCAAUACGUCGAAGUGGCAAAGCCCCAGCUUCAAGAUAUAGCAUAUACACUACUGAGCCGCCGGUCCACUUUAAAGAACACUUUGUUCGUGACGGCUGCUACACACGAAGAGUUGGCCAUGGAACUGCGACGUGACGAUUGGAUGGCCUCGAUCCAGCCAGACCGCGUCGUCAAGAAUGUUGCUUUUAUUUUUACUGGGCAGGGAGCUCAAUGGCCCUCAAUGGGCAAACAACUCAUCGAGUGCUCGCCACUCUUUCGCUCUGUCGUACUGCAAUGCUCGGCCGCGUUGAAAGCCCUCCCGGACGCCCCGUCCUGGGAUGUAAUCGAAGAAUUAUGCAGGCUGAAGACGGACUCGCGAGUGUACGAGUCGAGCUUUUCCCAGCCCCUAUGCACCAUACUGCAGAUUGCGUUGGUGGAGCUGUGGAGAUCCUGGGGGAUCAACCCAGUGGCGGCCGUUGGGCAUUCGUCCGGUGAAAUCGCGGCGGCGUACUGUGCAGGCCACCUCUCGCUUCGUGAUGCGGUGGUUAUUGCUUACUACCGCGGUAUGUAUCUUUCUGGCGACUCUUCCAAGUCAAAUGGAAAGAAAGGUUCCAUGUGCGCUGUUGGUGCAGGCGAAGCCGAGGCUCUGCGCUUGAUACGCCCCCAUGCCGGCCGUUUAGCCCUGGCCUGUGUCAAUUCCCCGGGAAGCUGCACAUUAUCAGGCGAUGAGGAUGCCAUCCGUGAGGUCAUCCAAAAUGCCAAGGACCAGGGCCUCUUUUGCAGGCAACUACGUGUUGAAUCGGCCUAUCAUUCACACCACAUGUUGCCCAUGGCCCCUGUGUAUAGGCAGGCCAUGACGGCCGCAGGAGUCGGUCCAAUAGAUGGCAGACGGACGUCAAUAUGUACCAUGUUUUCCUCUGUCAAGGGCAGAAACCUGGACAGAGGAGCGUAUGUCCCCGCUUAUUGGGAGGAGAAUAUGACAUCAACCGUUCGCUUCUUGGCGGCCGUCACGGCCAUGCUUCAUAGCUUGGAGGUUGAUGCCAUGGUAGAGAUUGGCCCACACCCCGCACUCAAGGGGCCGACGGAAGAUAUCUUGGCCUCCCAGAACAUUGACGUUCUGCCAUACUUCUGGUCUUGCAGCCGAGGCCAGCAUGACUUCAUCUCGCUUCUUCAGAAUGUAGGACGCAUGAUCACGUCGGGUAUGGACAUAUGCUGUGAUCGGGUGAACGCCAUGGAAAGCGUGGAGGCGAGUGGCAACGUUUCACACGUUCACGGCACAGUCUUGACUGAUGUCCCUAAGUACGCCUGGGAUCACAAAGUGGCAUUCUGGGGAGAAACCGAGUUGAGCUGGAAUUACAGGCAUCGAAUGUACCCUCGUCAUGAAUUGCUCGGGUCCGAAAACCCCAUACUAAACCCCCAAUCAAGAUCCUGGCGAAAUCUUUUGAUGUUGAGCCAAGUCUCGUGGCUCAAAAACAUGACGGCAAUCUAUAUCCUGAUGGCCCUUGAGGCCAUGAAGCAGGCGUCAAUAAGGGACAGUGAGACGAUCGUCUUGAGAGAUUUUGUCUUCCAUAAUGACCUGCCACUUGACGUCUUUGUAUCCGAAGAAACCAUAGUCGAGCUCCAUACUCACUUUGAUUAUGACGAAGAGCAAGACUGUUCCCAUCUCUGCAUCUAUGCAUAUGCUAAGGGUGGAAGAUUUGACUGGCAGAAGAUGGUCUCGGGUGUAGCUUUGUACAUAUCGUCGAAUGCUGAAGAGUUCCAAGUACCUUCGAUACUUCCUGAGGCUGAGGUUCGAGAAUUUGCCGAGACGUUCCCGCUGCCGAAGCUCGAUGGUAUUGAAGAGCUCUGCUAUACGGCCAAUCACGCAGUCGGUACUGUGCAUAAAGGCAAAGACGAGGUUGCUCAGUAUUCCAUUGCCCCAACUACGCUUGACGCCAUUCUACGUCUACCACAGUCCAUGCUGUUUGGUUCUGGUACUCCGAGGAGUUUCAGACUGAGCAGUAUCAGUUUUGCUCAGUUCGCUCUUGGCCAGGAUCCAGAAGAACCGAGCAUCCUCAAUCUCCGAUGUUCAGCGCCCCUGAAUGCCAGAGUUUCAUCCGAUGUCUAUCUCCGCAAGGAUUAUGGAGCCAUACCGAUGUAUCUGCAAGGAGUCCAGUAUGCGGCUAGCAGAGAUCCAAUGAAUCACACCCCCCCUAUAAGCUCGCUAUUCUUCCAGCAAAAGCAGCUAUUUGACAUCACUUACUGCGACAAUUUGGGAACAGCAGAGCUGCAUGAUGUGUUAGAACUCAUUACACACAAAUGGCCCAUGGCAGACAUUGGCAUAGUGGGUCUUGGAUCCCAUGAUGUCGACGCGAUCCUCUCGUGCUUGCAUGGCAUUAGCCCGUAUGAGCGGUCGCGCUUCCGAUCCGCCACUAUUGUCGGGGAAUACCAAGGUCCCCAAUAUAUCCGCCUCCGCGCUGUUGACCGCUUCAAUCCAGGCUCCAAGUUACAUGUGCUUUUUGGCCCCUGGUCAGUCAUCGAGCAAUAUACGAGCCACCUAGAGCAUGGUGGUUUGGUCUGCAUCGCCCCCGAGAACCAUGUUGCAGAACACAUGAGCACUCCGGACGCAAUCUUCCCGAUAAGCUCAACUGUCCGAACAACAUCAGGAAGCGAGUGGCUGUUGGGAAGGCCAUUGCAAUACUCAACGGAAGGACCAGAAUCAUCCGCACAUGUGAAACUUUUCAUUCCUAAUGGUGUCGAAGUUUCUGAGUUGGACUUUGGAGCCACUGAGACGAUCAAGAUUGACGGCUUAUCCGCGCAGGAACUAGAUCCACAGCUCUCACCCCAUGAGUACGAUGUCAUUGUGCUGGACUGUGGCGAAAGGUCAAUACUGGUGGACAUCCCUGGCGAUAUGUUGCUACCGUGGAUCCAAUCCCUGCUUCCGCGUCUGAGGAAGCUUCUCUGGGUUUCCCGACAAACGGCUCUCGACCCUUUCAACGGUUUGGCAGCCAGCUUCGUUCGCACGUUAUGUACGGAGCAUCCUACACUCAAGGCCGUCAGCCUCGUUAUCCAAGAUGAGCAUGAUAUAGGUCGGAUAGGGGCAACCUGCCGAAGAGUAUACGAUGCCAUGUUGCACGGCGAGAACGAGGUGGAGCUCCUCGUCAAACACGGCGCCAUCCACGCACUAAGACAUAUUCCCGACGACAAACUUUCGGCUUCCGUUGGCCUGGCUCUUCCGGUCGAAGCUUUGUUGUCACUGUCAGACCCCUUGGUUAGUCAUCACGUCUCUUGUGAAUCGCCAGGUCAAGUCAGCCUCCUGGCUCGUACUUCGACCGAUAGUGUUCUGUUGAAACCUGGCCCUGGUUCUAUCAAGGUAAUCGUCGAGGCCUCACUGGUCGACUACGAAGACUUCUUGAGGAUCCAAGCCAUCCAGCCCUAUGCCAGAUCAGGUCUUGGGCUCUUCUUCGUUGGAAACGUAGCCGCAAGCGAUUCGGGAGCUUUCGUCCCCGGAGACAGAGUCUUCGGGUGGUAUCCCGGUGCCCAUGCAUCUUACCUGAUGCUUCCAGCUGACAGUGCGACUCGCCUGGAUCCCGGUGGUGAUGCCGCAAAAGAUCUGAUUCGACAUGCAUGUUACACCAUCGCCGUCUGUCUCCUUGUUCACGAAUGUCGUGUCAGGUCCGGGGACAGGAUUCGGAUCACCCACAUCCCACGUGACCUACAGGAGGCCCUGUCACACGUAGCAGCACAGCAUCACGCAUUUUUCACCCAAAAGCACGAGAAAGUAUGUGAUAUAGACAUCAUAUACGAUGCGUCGAGAGGUUUGUUUGCGAAUGGUCGGCUAGUCGUGCUGCAGAUGCUUCUUCAGCGAUAUGGGUUACCAUCGCUUCAAUGUAGCCAUGCAGCUUUACCCCUGGAAUCAGGAGAUACCGCCUUUGAAGCAUACCCGAUCGAUCGGUACCCGGCCGCCUUUGUUACUGACGUCAACAGCCCAGGUGAGCAUGCGUGUUUUCGAGUGCUGCUCCACUUUCCGUCAUCUGCGCCCACCAAGGCACUGAUCACCUACUUAAAACCGAAAAGGCUGUUCCGCGAUGACGGGUCUUACGUCUUGAUCGGUGGGCUCGGAGGAGUUGGCCGGGAGUUGUUAUCGUGGAUGGUGAAGAACGGUGCCAAGCACAUCGUGACGGUCAGCAGAAACGGUCCAGACGCACCUAACGCCCAGGAGGUCAUUCAGGAGGUCGAGAUGCUAGGAGGACAUCUGGAAGUCCUUCGUGCGGAUGCAUCUUGUCUGGAAGAACUCAGCCGGGCCCUCCACGAGGUACGCAAAGAUCACAGAAUUCUUGGUUGCAUUAAUCUGGCCAUUCUACUCGACGACUCUCCGGUGGCGACCAUGACGAGUCAGCAAUGGGAUGCUCCCUUGCAGGUCAAAAUCAAAACCUCUUGGAAUUUACACCAGUCCACACUCGAAGAUGAACUAGACUUCUUCAUCCUUUUCUCAUCCUGUGUCACCAUGAUAGGAAGCCGCAUGCAAGCCAGCUAUUCGACUGGUAAUUCAUUCCUGAAUCAGCUUGCCACGUACCGCCGCUCCCUGGGCUUGACUGCCGUAUCCCUGUUGGUACCGGCACUUACGGGUUUCGGCGUCCUACAUGACCAAGAGUUCCUUCUCAAAUACAUGCAGAACGCCGGCUACUUCGUGGCAGAACGUAAGCAUCUCUACAAGCUCACCGAGGCCGCCAUCCAGGAGUCUCGAGCCUCGGGCCGGGCCAUCAUCGAAUCUGGGCUGCAGAUGUUUUCGACUGUCGACGGGAAGUUGCAGACCAAGGCGUCGCAAACCCAGGUGUUCUGGGCCGAGUUUCCCGAGUUUGGGCUCCUGUUGGACCAUAAACUCGGCUCCGACACCGAGAGAACCGACCUGUCACUUGCGGAACGCCUGAAGUUGCUCGAAGACACGGAAGCGCGCGAGCUCCUCUUGGACCAGUUUCUGCAAUGCCUUUCCAGCAUUCUAGGAUACAACACCAGUUCUUUCAAUCCGAACUCUCCUAUCGGGGCCUACGGACUCGACUCCCUUAAUGCGGUGGCCUGUCGGUACUGGUUUUUCAAAGAACUUGCACUUGACAUAUCGGUUUUCGACGUUUUGGGCUGCAAAUCGAUAGAUGACCUCGUCUCCAGAGCCUUGUCAAACUUCAGACAGGCCACUCACAGCAUUAUACCGGACCCCGUCCACUAUGAAGAGUCCGCCCGCCGCCCGCUCUCUCGUUCGCAGAGUCGACUGUGGUUUCUGCAUAGGUAUCUGUCGGAUAAGACAGCAAAUAACCUGCUCCUAGUGUGUCACAUUGAGGGACAGGCCGACACUGUUCUGCUGGAAAAGGCUUGGACGAUGCUGACGGCGAGACACGAAGUCCUACGAUCCAGGAUUGAAGAGACUCCGGACGGACCCCAACAAGUCCUUGUCUCUGACGCGCCUUUCCACUUUGAUGUGUCGGAGUGCUCUGAGGAUGAGUAUACAGCUGAACUCAAGCGGUUGACGGCGCAGGCAAGGGAACAUGAGUUCGCGUUGGAGAAUGGAGAGCUCAUCCACUGCUGGUUUCUCAAAUCGGACGUAUCGAGCGCGCUGCUCCUUGGGUCACACCAUCUGGCCUGGGACCGGGCUUCCAGCACCAUCGUCUUCGAGGAAAUAACAGCAAUAUACAGAUGCUUGGUUGCCGGGCAAGACAUAGACACAGUGCUGCCGCCAGUUCCCUACCAGUUCCUUGACUAUACUCUGUGGCAAGAGCAGUGUCUGAAAAUUCCGAAAUUUGUCGACCCGUUGGUGGACUAUUGGAAGGAACAGCUACGUGGAACACCUGAGGCUGUUAGUCUUCUCCCUUUCGCCAAGGUCGACCGGCGACCAACGGUGAAGCAGCUAGCAACCGACCACGUCGAGUUCUCGAUUUCCCCUGAAUUAAGCGGCAAGAUCAAAGAAUACUGCGCGGAGAACGCGUUGACGUCUUUCAUGUUCAUGACCGCCGCUAUCGGGGCCGUUGUGCGACGCUUGACGGGCGAUGCCGACGUCCUGAUCGGUAUUUCCGACAGUGAUAGGGGCCACUCCACCUUUGACAAACUUAUAGGCUUCACGGUGAACAUGCUGGCAAUACGUUCCCGAACUUCCCCCGAGCAGCUCUACCGGGACUACCUGCAAGACUUCCGGCAAACCUGUCUGGACGCCUAUAAGCAUCGCUCCUUGCCCUUCGACUACCUUUUGCAGGCCAUAGACGUGCCCAGGCGGACAUCUCAUAGCCCGAUCUUCCAGAUCACAGUCAAUUACCAGGUCCAUGGGGCCUUCCGGGAGGUUGAUUUUGGGAAUUUCAAGUUUACGCGCUACGGCCACUACAACGCUCGCAGUCAGUCCGACUUCAGCAUCGACAUCGAGGAGACCCAAAGUGGCGCUCUGGAGUUCAACCUUGAGUUCGACACGGCUCUAUACGACACGAAAAGCAUGCUUCUAUUCGCCGGCGUAUACCAGAAUCUGAUUCAAGACGUUCUCGCAACGGCUGGCGACAAGCCGCUUGGGGAAUUGGAACUAGUCUCGCCGCAAGACCAAAAGCUCAUGGCGGCGUAUCUCCAGCCGAGAGUCGAUUCGGAGCUUAUCGAUAGAUCCCGUGCGUCGCUAUUUGACAAGUUCUUCGAGGAACAUGCGUCAGCAUUAUCGGCAAGGACGGCACUGGUAGACCAGACCCGGUCGUUCUCCUAUGCCGAGAUCGAUUCUGCCACCGCUACUGGUGCAAAAUUUCUUCUAUCCCAAGGCGCUCGUCGCGGCGAGACAAUAGCGCUGCUGUUUGAGCCAGGAGCCGAGAUGGUGAUCACGGUCUACAGCAUUCUCAGGGCCGGGUGUGCGUAUUUGGCCAUCAACGACGUCCCAGACGAGCGACUGCGUGUCAUAUUGGAGGACGUCGAUGUUCAGAGAGUCGUUAUCGACGAUAACAAACAUGUCUCUCGCAGUAUCAGCUGCGGACUGAAGAGGGCCAAUAUUCUCCAUGUUCACGAGAUGUGGCGCCAAGAUGAUUUUGUCUUCCACGAGAAGAUGACUUUAUCCAGCCCGAUACAAGCACACGAGCCGAUCUGCUGCAUCUUCACCAGCGGAAGUACCGGACGUCCCAAGGGUCUCUACCUCACCCACGGGGCGGUCAGGCUGUGGCAUGAAGGGUUUCACGGUCUUCUAGGCACCUCGGCCGAGCACAGGAUACUUCUUGCAUCUGCUCUCAACUUCGAUAUGGCUCUCGUCUCUGUCUAUGGGGCAAUCUGUUGUGGAGCGACGCUGGUGGUUGCGCCGCGCGAGGCUAUAUACUCUCCGGCGCGUAUGGUUGAUCUUGUCGUCGACGAAAGGGUCUCCAGCUUGACUAUAACACCGACGCAGUUUCUGGCUAUGACAUCGGCUCCCAACAGCCACAAGCUUAGUGAGUGGAAGUCGCUCCGUACGCUGGUCCUGGGCGGAGAAGCCAUCACCCAACGCACUAUGAUGGCCUUCUUCAACCUCGGUCUGCCACAAGCCGCUUUAUGGAACGGGUACGGACCGUCAGAGGCUACAUUGUGUGUGUCAUUGCGGAAGCUCGAAGCCUCAGACUGCUUGUCGGCUUCCGCGCCUUUGUCGGGACCAAUAUUCCCUGCCUCCUUCCACUUGGUAGACCCACAGGGGAAUAGCGUGCCCUUUGGAGUUCCUGGGGAGCUGCUCAUCGGCGGCCCGACUCUCUGCUCCGGCUACAUCAAUCGGCCGGAGCUGACGACCGAAAAGUUCGUCCAUAAGUCACCCUUCUCGGCGUCUACCCCCCGAAUAGCCGAGGGCAUAUUCUACUGCUCUGGUGACUCCUUCCGGCUUGACCCCGAUGGGACGCUUCACUACAUGGGGCGUGUCGGCGGAGACAGGCAAGUGAAAAUCCGCGGCCAGCGCACAGAGCUGGGCGAGAUCGAAGGAGCCAUAUGGCAAGCCCUCGAUUCGGCCGACGGGCUUUUGCCGGUCGAUAUCCAGAACGUUGCCGUUGUGUACCGAAAGCAAGCAGAACUGGUCGUCGCAUAUCUUGCCGCGAGUGCUUUGGACGACCAGCACGACGAGCAGAGCCUGGAAGAAGUCAGAAGAUACCUGAGAUCAUCUCUCCAGCCUGUUCUCCCCACACACAUGCGGCCCGGCGCUUAUGUUCUCGUGUCGAGACUGCCAAUGAUGGUCUCGGGGAAGACUGACUACCGCACCAUAGCGGGCUGGCCAACACCUAUUUCCGACAACGCCGGGUCGAAGACGAAUGGCGAUGGGUUCGUGCCCCUUGGUCCAAUCCAGCAAGCGAUUGCUUCGAUCUGGAGACAAGCCACUGGCAUAGAAGCGGUUAUUACCCCGACCGAUGACUUUUUCUCCGUGGGAGGCCACUCCUUGGCGCUUAUGCAGGUACAAAGCGCCAUCUUAGACAAGUUUGGCGUCACGCUGUCUCUGGCCGAUAUGUUCUCAGAGCCGACCCUUGAAGGGACGGAGAGACUCAUAUUGGAGCAUCAAAAAACUUCUAGCAAUGGCCAACACGGUGUUGCAAAUGGCACAAAGAAGCCAAACGGCAUUGACGGGGCUAACCCUGUUGUGGUGGGGGAUCAGCAGAAACUGGGACGAAUCGACUGGCACGUGGAGACGACCCUCCCAGCAGACUUUGUCCAAAUCACCAAUUCAAAGUCAACGAUACCACCGACCUGCAUUGCGCUUACUGGUGCUUCAACAAUCAUCGGUGCCUACUUCAUCCACCUCGUGCUGACCACGACGGGGUUGAAAAUAAUGUGCCUGGGAGAGCGUGGCGAAAACGGAGACGCGGCCAAACAGGCUGUCAUAGAAACACUCAAGAGGUGCAGGCUGAUAGAAUACCUUGCUCCGGCCGCCCUGGACCGCAUUGUGGUUUUCCCGGGAGAGCUUACUCAUCCAACGCUGAGCCUCAGUCCGGAAGACAUAGCCGUUUUGGAUAGGGAGGUGCACGCCAUCUACAACCUAUCUUCGGACGUAUCACUGUUUGGUAACUACAGCAAACUCCGGGCAGGCAACCUGGGUGUGGUCCGGUUCCUGAUAUCCCUGGCCCGCGGCAACAUUGGCAACACCAAGCCGCUACACCAUCUGUCGACGUGGGCGACGGUGCAUCUCCAGUCCUGGCUCGACACCACCACUACCCAGAAACAGACCGGAUCAUCGCUCCCCGACGGUGAUGGAUCACCCACAGGAUACGUCCUUGAUGAAAGAGAGCUCGCUCACAUCCAGCCCGGCACAAGAGAUGGCAGCCUGGCCUACCUCAAGGUACGCUGGGCCUGCGAGGCGAUCCUGCACGCGGCGGCCCACGGCGGCCUACCUGUCUCCAUAAUCCGCAGCAGCAUGUGCGCCAUGGCUCCGAACGCGGGCGUCCCCUUACCACGGAGCGAUAUCAACCGUCGCAUCAUCCUUGGUUCGCUGCGGACGGGUCUGGUGCCCGAUUUUGGGAGCGAACGCGGCGGCGGUAUGAGCUGGGUUACGUUUGACUUUCUAGCCGCGGCCCUCAAGCACCUGACGCUUACGCGGCGGUUGGAGGACUGUGGCGGCGACGGCGGCGAGCAUGAAAGUGCGGCUGCGGCGGGUGGUGGUGACAGCUGCGCCCGGAUAUGGCACAUAGUUCCCAGGACUCACAUCAGCUAUCGAGAGCUGGCUAAGCUACUGGAGAACGGGCUAGACGGCCACCCACUCCGUGUCGUUGCGCCCGAAGUGUGGUUCGCUGCGUUGAGGGCCGAGGGCGGCGCGGAGAUGAAGAUGCAUGCCGAGGUUCUGGACAAGUGGUGGAGGGCCGGCUGGGUCCCCUUCGGCAUUGAUGCCCAGAAAACCCUAGACGUUCUGGAGAGAGAAGCAGAUCUGAAACCCGUGGACGUCACACGGGAUUUUCUGUUGAAAGCCGUGGUGGGAGACGAUGAGUUCUGA